CAGGUUGGGGAAAAGAAUUGGACCGGGCUUCUAUUAAUAACCGAAUACCGGUUUAACCCGAGUCAUUCCCGACCCGAGUCGAGUUCACACUCGGACUGUCGGCCGAACCUCCCCUGUGGCGAUUGAAGGAGCUCGGUGGAGCUCGAGCCAAGAGAGUAAUGGCGGCUCCGGGCAAAUGCCUUCUCAUCACAGGUCCUCCGGGAGUCGGGAAGACGACCGUCAUGAGAGUGUUCGAGAGCCUCAAAGCCUCAAAGCCUAACCUGAAGGUCCAGGGGUUUUACACCCGUGAGGUCAGGGAAGGAAGCGAGAGGGUUGGCUUCGAGGUCGUGACGCUGGAUGGUCGCCGAGGUCCCCUAGCUUCCUCAACCAUCUCCACCUCGGACUCUAUCAGGUGGCCAACUGUUGGAAAGUACAGAGUUGAUAUAGCAUCAUUUGAAUCAGUAGCAUUGCCAGCAUUGCAGGUUAAGGAAGAUGUUGAUCUCUUCAUCAUUGAUGAAGUUGGUAAGAUGGAGCUAUACGGUUCAGCUUUCUUCCCUGCUGUCCUGAGAAUACUCGAGUCAAAUAUCCCACUGCUGGCAACAAUUCCCAUCCCAAAAUCUGGGCGUGACAUACCUGGAGUGGCAAGGAUGAGGAAUCAUCCUGGAGCAAAAAUCUUCACCUUGAGUGCUAGCAACAGAGAUACAAUGAGAGAGCAGAUCUAUUCCCAACUGUUGGAUUUGCUGCCAAGGCAUUAGAGAAAGCAGAUCGGUCAUCGGGUUUAUUUAAUCUCGUCUUCUCAAAUGUAUAGCUCGUCCUGCAUAUCGCUAAAGCUGUUGCUUCCCUGCUUGGUGGUAAUUGACUCAAAUGGAAAAUUCUGCUAUAUGCCAGCUCAGGCUCUUGACAUGCAGCUUCCAACUCAGGCAUGUGUAUUUUGCUUUACACUUCGAUCUUUUGCCUUUUUCCGGACCUUUUAGAUGAACGAAUUAGUGUUUGAGCAUAUGAUCUUUCUCCAGAUUUGGAUUCUUUAUUGUUCUCAAUGAAGCUGAGUUUAGGUUUCCGGCUUUUUUUCAGAUUAAGAGGUUGAAGCUCUUUAUAAUUCAGUGUAAUUGUACUGACGUUGCUUUCUCGAGUAAAAUAAUUACGAACUGUCAGGUCGGAUCCA